AUGGCCGGAGAGCGGCCCCCGCUUCGGAGCCCUGGGCCCGGGCCCGGAGAGGCGCCGGGGGAGGGUCCGCCAGGGCCGGGGGGCGCGGGUGGAGGCCCGGGCCGGGGCCGCCCCUCCUCCUACCGGGCUCUCCGCAGCGCCGUGUCCAGCCUGGCGCGAGUGGACGAUUUCCACUGCGCCGAGAAGAUCGGGGCCGGCUUCUUCUCCGAGGUCUACAAGGUUCGGCACCGACAGUCAGGGCAAGUCAUGGUACUGAAGAUGAACAAGCUCCCCAGUAACCGAGGCAACACUCUACGAGAGGUGCAGCUGAUGAACCGUCUCAGGCACCCUAACAUCCUAAGGUUCAUGGGAGUUUGUGUACAUCAGGGGCAGCUGCAUGCUCUUACAGAGUAUAUGAAUGGGGGGACCCUGGAACAGCUGCUCAGCUCUCCAGAGCCUCUGUCCUGGCCAGUCAGGCUCAGGCUGGCUCUGGACAUUGCCCGAGGCCUGCGGUACCUGCAUGCCAAAGGUGUAUUCCACCGAGAUCUCACAUCCAAGAACUGCCUUGUCCGACGAGAAGACCGAGGCUUCACAGCUGUGGUGGGUGAUUUUGGGCUGGCUGAAAAGAUUCCCGUGUAUAGGGAAGGGGCAAGUAAGGAGCCAUUGGCUGUGGUGGGUUCCCCGUACUGGAUGGCUCCAGAGGUGUUACGGGGUGAGCUGUAUGAUGAGAAGGCUGAUGUCUUUGCCUUUGGGAUUGUCCUCUGCGAACUCAUCGCCCGAGUACCUGCAGAUCCUGACUACCUGCCCCGCACUGAGGACUUUGGCCUGGAUGUGCCUGCUUUCCAAACCCUGGUGGGGGAUGACUGCCCAUUGCCUUUCCUGCUCCUGGCUAUCCACUGCUGCAGCAUGGAACCCAGCACCCGAGCCCCCUUCACUGAAAUCACCCAGCACCUGGAAUGGAUCCUGGAGCAGCUGCCUGAGCCAGCCCCCCUCACCAGGACUCCCCUGACACACAAUCAGGGGUCUGUUCCAAGAGGAGGUUCCUCUUCCACGCUUCCCAGGCCAGACCCCCGGCUCUCUCGAAGCCGGUCAGACCUCUUCCUUCCCCCGUCACCAGAAUCACCACCCAACUGGGGGGAUAAUCUGACAAGAGUCAACCCUUUCUCACUACGGGAAGACCUCAGGGGUGGCAAAAUCAAGCUCCUGGACACACCCAGCAAGCCAGUCACCCCCCUGCCCCUUGUACCAUCAUCACCACUAUCCUCCACCCAGCUGCCCUUGGUGACCACUCCAGAGACUCUAGUCCAUCCUGGGACACCUGCCCGCCGCUGCCGCUCAUUACCAUCAUCCCCUGAGCUUCCCCGACGUAUGGAGACUGCACUGCCAGGCCCUGGCCCUCCCCCAGUGGGCCCCUCAGCUGAUGAGAAGAUGGAGUGUGAGGGCAGCAGCCCAGAACCAGAACCCCCGGGGCCAGCUCCUCAGCUCCCCCUGGCUGUGGCCACAGACAACUUCAUCAGCACUUGUUCCUCAGCCUCCCAACCCUGGUCCCCUAGAUCAGGACCACCCCUCAACAACAACCUCCCAGCUGUCGUGGUGAACUCUCCCCAGGGCUGGGCUGGGGAGCCCUGGAACCGGGCUCAGCAUAGCCUGCCCCGGGCAGCAGCCCUGGAGCGGACAGAACCCUCACCACCCCCUUCAGCCUCCCGGGAGCCUGAAGAGGGGCUGCCCUGCCCUGGCUGCUGCCUUGGUCCCUUCAGCUUUGGCUUCCUGUCCAUGUGUCCCCGUCCCACCCCAGCUGUUGCCCGCUACCGCAACCUGAACUGUGAGGCGGGAAGUCUUCUCUGCCACCGAGGGCACCAUGCCAAGCCACCCACACCCAGCUUGCAGCUGCCUGGGGCACGCUCUUAGCAAUGAGGCCUGUGAUCUCAGCCCUCCAACUUUGGCCUUCUGGACACCUUGUGAGGAAAGAGUCCACUUGCCGGACAAUGCCAGCCCCAAGUGGGCUGACCAACUCUUCUCCCCAUAUAGGGGAGCCUCAGCAUGGACUUGAGGGACAGAGCACUUCCUAUCCAACCCCUGGGCUUGCUGUCCUGUGGGGAUCACUGAACCAGACAUAGCACUGCUGACAUACAAGACUAACACGUGCAGAUUAUUUAAAAAUAUUUCAAUAAAACUGCCUGGCUGGCUCCGGGCUGCCCCAUCUACUCAGCCCAUGCACCCUCCUCCCCACCCACUUCCAGUACGGGAGGUUCCUGAGGGAGGCCAGAGUCCCUUCCAGAGACUUCUUCACCCUCUUUCCCAGGAGCACUCCAGGUUCUAAGCAGGCUGCAGGCUGGCUAGAAGUGUCAGGAUGGAUCAGAAUUUGGCUGGGUGCUACCCAGAAUGAAGGAAGGCUGGGGACGAUGAUGUCAGGAGUAAUGGGCCACAGGUUAGGGAUGAGAGUCACAAGCUCUGUUGGCAUGAGUUCUGGAAGAGUAAAGCAUCAGUGAGUUCUACAGCUACUGUCACUUAACACUCACCCAUCUCACUCUGUCCCCUCCUCCCCAGUUCCCUGGACAGCCUCCCUCCUGUCCUAGGCCUUACCUGUCCCUCUGCCCAACCCACUGGAUGCUGUGGCUGUGACUGUCAAGCCAAGAAUGAGUUUUCCUUCUGACCUCUGGGUCCCUCUACCACUCAAGCCCUCCUUGUCUCAUGCCUCAACCCGUCCCUCACUUACCUAGCUCAGUGCAAAGAGUGGUCCCAGUUUGGAAACUUGAAAGCUGCCAGUUCACAGAUGUACCGAAGAGACUCUGUACAUUUCUCUGUCUCCCAGGCUGACCAUGACCUAUGUUUUUGUACCUUGGCACAGUUUAGGGUUUGAUAAUACCUACAGAAUAUAAAGCAGAACUGGGAUGCUCUCUGGACCCCUCCUA